UCUCCCCUCUCUCCAUCCAUACACCUCCUCUUCACUCACAGCCCACAUAUUCCACUCCAACCCACACUUCCACUUCAACACUCUUCACUCAUCCCCCCCUUGCACACUUGUCAACCAGUCCAUUCACCCAGCACACAAACCAGCAAGCGAGAUACCCGCAGCAAACAAGCGAAUCGCAUUCACGAAUCCAUCCCUCAAAUCCUCGGCACUCGGACCCCUGCCACUGUUCAAGCGCAACUGUUUUUUUUUUCCCCAUCCACCGAGGAACGGCAGCACACUCGAGCAAUCAACACAUUAUUGUCUCACUUUGGGAGCGAUUACUAUUUUCUGUCUGUCUCUGAAUUUAAAGUAGCGCCCGAAGGAAUAUUUGCACCCGAAGCGCAUACAUCGUCCCUCCCUUGUGGACCCCCGUGUGUCGGCCAUCGAACGCCCCCCGAAAACCGCUCCCGUGCGACCCCCCGUUUGCCCCUCACCGGACAACCGACCAACAGCAAGCAGCAGCCCUGGCGUUCAAGCGUUCAUCCCGCUCACUCUCCAUCUCCACCCCGCCCACCCCGCCCUACGACCUCGCUGCACUCGACUUCGACGACAUCGUCAACUUCUCCGCAAUGGACACCGCAGGUCAACACGACAGCACAGGGCAGGGCGCCUCUCCCGCUCCCUAUCCCCCGCAUACCGACUUUACAUUCCUCACACCUCAAGGCACAUUCCAGCCCUAUGCCGUAGGGCUCGAGUUCCCAACCGCCCAUGUGGGGUAUGACCAUCUCUCCGGUCAUCCUGGUGCGGACGAUCCCCCUACUUACCAGGCUGUCCCCUGGCCGGCCAUGCACACGCCUAUGCAGCACCCUACCUCGUUCCCGCCUCCGUUGUCCAUAUCUCCAAAUGCUCUCACUCCCCCGGGUUCCGGUUCAGCCUCGGGCCGCUCCUCCCAUGGGGAGGCUAGCGCUUCCCCCGGCGCAUCCCCGGCGAGCACCUCGACCCCUCCGGCCAUCGGCAACCUCAGCUUGUCUCACAAUGUUGGUCCCGCGCACUCUCAUAUGCACGCCCAUCAUCGUGCUCCCCUCCACCGCUCCUCAUCUCAACAGAGCGGUAACGACUCUAGUGGAUCGCACGGCUCGACCGGGUCGAUGCGUUACGUUGUUACUGGCAACGAGAGUUCCGGUAAUGAGAGUCGUGGCCACAAGCGCCGUGCUACCAAGCAUGCCGACGAGGACAGUGAUGACGAUGAUGACGAUGACUUACCCCCGCGUCGCAGCAGUGGAGGGAACAAGCGGGAUGCGGAAGCUGACUAUAACAGGCGGCGUGAGGAAAUUCGUAAGCAACGGAUCGAGAGCGAGCAGCGUAGGCGGGAUGAGCUCCGUGAGGGCUACCGCAGGCUCAAGGACGUGCUGCCCGUCUCAAGUCAAAAGUCGAGCAAGGUCUCCCUGCUCGACCGCGCGACGCAGCAUAUCAAGCAAAUUGAGGCAGCGAACGAGACCUACCAGAUAAAGCUUUCCCAGGCUGAGGCUGAGCUGGCUAGGCUGCGGCAGAUUAACGAGACGCUGAUGAUGAGGUCGGUCGAUGUUGGACGGCACGCUCCCGGUGGUUACGCCGCCUGAAAACGUCAUCGACGAAUCGACGACAUGGUUUCCACUUCUCUGGGCUGUACGAUUGGACUAAACAUCGUGUUUUAAUGCUUCUCCUUCUCUCUUGGCAAGUAAUGGGCUCCUUCAUUCUCCCCUCACUUCGACGACAACCACGACGAUAGUUGACGAUAGCCGGCUAGCCCGACUCCCUGACGCUGGUUUUUUGGAUCCCCUUGCUGCCCCGGUGGCAGUUUUGGUAAUCAGCACGACUCCCUCCUGGACGACAUCUCAUACAUCUCCCUGGUUACACCAUCGCUUGGGCAUUCCAUCUUCAUGCUCACUCGACUAGAGCUCAUCCACCAUGACAUUGCCUCACCUGGUAGGCAGACUGUGCAAGGCGCAGCCUGUACCACGCCGGCCGAGGCGACCGAAGACUGCAGCCCUCGGGCCAGCUUCACCUUCCCUCCGACUAAUUUGGACGAACGCCGACCGGUGCUUCUCCGCUCGCAUGCGACCGUUUUGACGAUCCCGGUUUUUGCCUUCUUCCAAGUCGUGGAACAUGGUUCGGAUGAAGAUACGCUCUGUUGAUAGCAUCGUGGAUGACGAUGCCCUCGCACCGCUAGGUGUGCGAGAUGCCGCCGGUCAGGUCGAGCGGCUGAAAGCGGGAACCAAUCCCGAGGCCACAGUGGCAGGCGUCGAUCGCCUACGCUCUGAUCCGCAUCGAGCUCAACAUGUCGAGACACGGUCCCGCGCACUCUCUCAUCACGGAGACCGGUUGAUCCCACUCCGCGUGCGGAGUGGCGAUUGUCUCCCUGUUUUGCGCUCUGCCGAUCCAGCACCACUGCCUGUUCUCACACGCAUCUAGAUGAUGCACACACCCUUUUUGGCACCCCACUGAGUGGGGCGACUGUCUUGAUCCCUCAUUUUCGGGACCGUCGACGCCGUUUCCCGUUGCCAGCACACUCACUUCUCGAUCCCGCCACGUCGUCAACCACCUCUUCAAAGUUCUCGUCAAGUCUUUUCACGAAAUUCAUGUGACAUAGCGAUUAUUGGCUCUUGACCGCUUUCUACUACGAAUCCCCACGCUCCUGACCUCACUCGCAAUCCUGCAACACUAUCAACCCGCACUCGACCCUUCCUCCGUUUACACAUCUCUCGAAAAGUACUGUGUUGUUUUCCUUUUCUUUCCUCCUCUUGCUCAUUCUUUGAGUCCCUCAUCACACCACACACUCUGUCUCGCGUGCCAACAUGUGCCACAAGAACCAUUUCCUUCCUUGGUUGUAUCUUUGUAGCUUGGUCCGAAGACAGGGAGAUGGGUACGACCGAUGAAUAAUCAUCGGAGUAGAGGAGGCGGUGGAUGCUCCUCCGUACAUAUAGUACACUAGUUGACGAUGUGGUUUACGAUUCCGCAAUGAAAUCUGAUGACCC